CUACAUACAAAAAUAUCACCACAUACCAAAAUUAGAAUAUUGAACAAUUAAUUCUAUAAAGCUCAUUGGUAUAUGGGGAAAGAAAUAAGCAAUGCAUGUAUAGUCAUGGUUAAGCUUAUUAUGGAAAAGUUCAAGAAUAAUCUUCUUCAAUUAAUUCCCAAAUUUGAUAUUGAGGAAUUUGUAGAAACCCCAAAAGCAAAUAAUGAAGUGGUACCAAAUGAUGUUAAAGAAGGACACUUUGCUGUAUUUUCAGUAAAUUCAGAGGAGGAGCCAAAGAGGUUUAUUGUGGAGUUGCAUUGGCUUUCUAAUCCAUCAUUCUUGAAAUUACUAAAACAAGCUGAAGAUGAAUAUGGAUUCCAACAAAAGGGUGUUCUUGAAGUUCCUUGUCGCGCCGCGGAAUUACAAAAGAUUUUGGAACUCAAGAUUGGAUGAAAUAUCAAAUUGUUUAUUAUAGCUAGGACAAAUUUUUCAAAUGUUUUUUCUGGUUGUCUAGUUUUGACUAAAUUAUAUAGUUUAGGCUAAGAGACUAUGUUAUAUACAAUGAUUGUGCAAAAAAAAAAAAGAUUGCACUAUGGAAUGAAAUACUUUAUUUUUUUGAUAAUAAAUCCAUCCGCACAAGACUUUCAUCCCAUGGUGAUAGGAGGU